AUGAACGACCCGCAGAGUCAGAAGUGGAACGCACCGCCUCCCUGUCAGGAUCAGCGAAUGUCGCUAGCUGGUCUAGCCGCGGUAGCCUCAAUGGCAGAACCAAUGGAUGCACAAACAACUCAACCUUCCCCAUGUUCUGCUGUUGGUCAUCAUCAUCAUCAUCAUAAUCAUCAUCAUCAUCAUCAGCAGCAGCAUCAUCAUCAUCAUGAGGCAAUGCAAAUGCAAUACAUGCAAGAAUCGUCUCCUACUCAGUCUCCUUGUGUGCCACACGCAGCUGCGUCCCCAUGUCGUCACGUUCAGUUCAAUGAAGCUCGUGUCGUAGGGACAAUAAUGCCGUGUUCUCACAUGUCUCAGGCAGAGAAAGAGGAGAUUUGGUACAGCAACUCCAGUCUAGACAAAUUCAAGAAUCAAGUCCGUUCCAUGUGCCGCAAACUUCGAGAGUGUCCUCAAACAGAAGCUGCAGCUUUGGCUACCACUCCCGAAGCACCUCCGGAUGUCAUGACUGCGGAAGCGGAAGUGGAUGGUGCUUCCGAUGAAGCCAGUUCUUCCCGUGGUUUGGAGCACCGUGUCUGCCGCAAACGUUUGAGGAACAAGCAGCUCGCUUUGAGGUGUGUCCUCAAGGCGCAAAUGAGAUCCUCUUGUCCAGAUUUCAUUGCGAAUAUUUCCUCCAAAUGUACCUUUUGGGCCAAGGAGAUUGCUCGCAACGAAGGUUCUAGAGAUUUUGAAGCGGCCUAUUCUCCCCGAGCCGAACAAGACCUCAACGCCAGUGUGGCCUCUAUGGACAUUAGCACUGGUGACGGUGGUAGUAGUACUACCGAUUCCACAGCAGCAUUGAAUGCUUCUGGUUCUAUGGUGCCACCCAAGGAGAAGAAGAAGUGUGCCAUUAUGGCUCGCUUUGUCCCCAGCAAGAGAUCUUGUAGCUUUGAUUCCGACUGCAGCCGGCCCCGCAAAAAUUGCAGAUUUACUGGAAACAGUUGCAAUGGAAGCCUCAAGAGCGUCUUUAUGCCUAAGAAGGACUGUGACCCGUGA